GUGUCAGGGGAUCGUGAGGUAGGAGAACUGAGAGGGGGAGUUUUAUGGCUGGGUGUGUGUGUUCGUGCGAUGGGAUGUCUGUGUGUCCUGGGGUCGUGAGAUAAGAGAACUGAGAGGUGCAGUUUAUAGUUGGGUAUGUGUGUUCGUUCCUGUUUGGGCAGGGAUACGUGCAAUGUCUUGAGUCAGGCGGAUUAGUUUGGCGCUGUAUAAUAUAUGAGCUAUGUGUUUGAAUAUAUAUAUAUAUGACACUGGCAAGUGAACUGAGGUCCGGCGUGUGAAUGGAAACCACUACAGUAGUCAAUGGACCUGAGGGUGUCCCAAUGAAACAUGGCUCGACAACAGUGUUGCCAACUCCUCAGUAAGGAAAGUAGCUAUUGGCUGUCCUAAAAGUCGCUAAAUGUUGUCAUCACCUAAUUUGCAUAAUUGGCCAUGUGCAUGUAAUUGUGAUGGACGCUGUAGGAGAGAGGAAUAACGUCGUGGGAAAGACAAAAAAUCUGAUUGAUGCAGUAAAUGUGUCGGGAAAAGAGGGAAUGAAAGUAACUUUACCGACUGGAUUUACUGAACUAUCUAGCGGCACUGUUAUAGCAUGGUGUUUUCCAUUGAUUCGUUCAGAUUCAUUUGAUAAACUAGCACUGCUGAAUGCUGGCGUGAUUACAACUGACUACAGUAGGAAGUUCAAAGACAGACUGAAGCUGGAUACUCAGACUGGAUCUCUCACCAUCAGAAACCUCACCAUCAGCGACUCUGGACUUUAUAAAAUACUUAUCAUCAAUACACAGAGUUCAUCUAAGAUUACAAAUCUAACUGUCUAUGCCUCAGUGUCUGCUCCUCACAUCAGUCACUCAGUGGACAGUCCAUUUGAAAAAGUGAGCUGUUCCUUGGUGUGCACUGUGAAGAACGGGAGAGAGGUGAUCUUGUCCUGGUACAGAGGAGGGGAGAUUCUCAACCAGACCAGCAGCCCUGAUCUUCUAGCCAAUCUCUCUCUCCCUCUGGAGUUAAACAAAAUAAACGUUGACACCUACAGCUGUGAGGCUUCCAACCCUGCUGACUCAAAACCAACUCCGCUCAACAUUGAAACGCUCUGCCCUCAAUUGUCCUCACGCUCCACCAUCAAAGGGUCUGGUCGCAAUCCUGUCCCAAUCCUCCUGGUCACAUUGCUAUCAGUUGGGAUAAUAAGUGGUGGUACUUACUGGGCAGUUAAAAUAAGAAAAUGUGGAGCCUGCAAGCAAAGAGAAGAAGCCCAACAUUAUGCUGAUGUGAAAUUUCAGAGAUCGAGGACCUGAGCCCUGGAACCAUGCCUCAGGACUACCUAGCCCGAUGAUAACAACCUCUCACUUAAUGUGAUCGUGGACUAUAGGAAAAGGAGGGCCGAUCAGGCCCCCAUUAACAUUGACAGGGCUGAAGUGGAGAGUUUCAAGUUCCUUGGUGUCCACAUCACCAACAAACUGUCAUGGUUGAAACACACCAACACAGUUGUGAAGAGGGCACAACAAAACCUUUCCCCCUUAGGAGACUGACAAUAUUUAGCAUGGGUCCCCAGAUCCUCAAAAAGCUCUACAGCUGCACCAUUGAGAGCAUCCUGAGAGGUUGUAUAACCACCUGGUGUGGCAACUGCAUACCCCAUGUGUAUAGCCUCAUUAUUGUUAUGUAAUUUUCUUGUGUUACUUAUGAAUGUUAUUAUUUUUUUUAACUUUAGGUUACUUAGGAAAUGUUUUCUUAAUUCUAAUUCUUGACCUGCAUUGUUGGCUAAGGGCUUGUAAUUAAGCACUUCAAGGUAAGGCCCACAGCUGUUGUAUUCAGCAAGUGACAAAUACAAUUUGAUUUGGCUUGGUUUUUGCUCUGGCAUGCACUGUCAACUGUGGAACCUUAUAUAGACAGGUGUGUGCCUUUCCAAAUCAUGUCAAAUCAAUUAAAUUUACCACAGCUGUACUCCAAUCAAGUUGUAGAAACAGCUCUAGGAUGAUCAAUCCAAACAGGAUCCACCUGAGCUCUAUUUGAGUCUCAUUGCAAAGGGGAUGACUCGUUAUGUAAAUAAGGUAUUUCAGUUUUUGUUAUAUGUAAUGAAUUUGCUAAAAUGUAUAAACCCGAUUUUCGCUUUGUCAUUAUAGGGUAUUGUAUGUAGAUUGAGGGAAAUUAAAAUGUAAUCGAUUUUACAAUAAGGCUGUAAGGUAAUAGCAUGUAAAAAAAAAAGGGAAGGAGUCUCAAUACAUCCAAAUGCUCUGUGUUAACUCUGUCUGACCGGGAGCGUAGUGGUUAUGGUGGUUGAUCCUCAAAUGACUUUUUGAGAGUUCAAAUCCCAUGGGAGCAAUUAAUAGUGCAACAUUUUUCUUGUUGCCUUUGUGGGCCUGAAAUAGCAAAUUUGAGGUGUGUAGGGGGACAGGGGCUAGUUCCCAUCAAAUAGCAUGAAAGAAGUGACACCUUGUAUAGAAUGUCCUUAUAAUAGAGUUGUGAUAACAUACAACCCUUUUCUGCAAAAGCCUACUUUUACCUGGGGGCAUGCUUUGUAGACCAUUCAAAGGUGUUCCUAAUAUUGGUCCCCCUAAAGAAACCCACAUGUUAAGAUAGCUUAGAAAUAGUUGUAGCAGUGGUUAAGGUGGUGAAUUCCCAAAGUUGUGAGUUAAAAUCCUUGCAAGAGCAUGCCAACUUGCUUUUGUUGCCUUGACCGAACAAUGUUGAGGUGGGUUUCUGGAAGGACAUUAGACAGCAAGGGAAAUUGGAUUAGAAAAUGUUAGGUUAUAGCAACUGGUGUUGAGUAGGCGUGCUGAGCUACAAUCAAACCCACCCCUGUCCAUAUAAUCUUGUUCCAGAGACAACUGAUUCAGUAUGAUCUAGGCAAAGCUGACCGUAGAACAGUACUCCUCUGUACGCAUUUAUGAAAUGUCUCAGGCUAAGAAUGCUGAACUGGAAUCAGUCUCCCCCCUGUCAAAGUAAUGUUAUUCAUUCUACUCAGAAAUACUAAACAGAUCCAAGUUUAGCACUCUUACUUCAAGCCACUAAGUGAAUGUUGGGUCUUGGGUGCUAAAUAUCUUGAACAGUGGUUGAAAAAGUACCCAAUUGUCAUACUUGAGUAAAAGUAAAGAUAUACGAAUAGAAAAUGACUCAAGUGAAAGUCACCCAGUAAAAUACUAAGUAAACGCCAUUGCUAAAAUACACUUAAGUAUCAGUGGUAAAGUAUAAAUGAUUUGACCUUCCUUAUAUUAAGCAAACUAGACAGCACGAUUCUCUUGUUUUUUUUAUUGAAUAAAUAGCCAUGGGAACACUCCAACACUCAGACAUAAUUUACAAACGAAGCAUGUGUGUAGUGAGUCUGCUAGACCAGAGGCAGUAGGGAUGACCAGGGAUGUUCUCUUAUUAAGUGUGUGAAUUGGACCAUUUUCCUGUCCGGCUAAGCAUUUGAAAUGCAACAAGUACUUUUGGGUGUCAGGGAAACUGUAUGGAGUAAAAAAUACAUUAUUUUCUUUAGAAAUUAAGUCAAAUUAAAAGUUGUAAAGAAAUAGAAAGAGUAAAAGUACAGAUACAAAAAAAACUGACUUAAGUAGUACUUUCAAGUGUUUUUACAUAAUGGAAAAUGUAUGGAGUAAAAAGUAAAUUUUCUUUAGGAAUGUAGUGGAGUCCCAAGGCCAGUAGUUGACAAGCAUUUCCCUCUAGCAAUGUAAAAAUGUCCUUGAAUGUACAUGACCCAUCUGAAUGUAUAUAUAUAAAUAUACAUGUAGUAUAUUGUAUUUAAAGUAGUGGAGUACUUUAAAUACAUUUUUGUUAAGUAAUUUACACCACUGGACUUGAAAGGAACACCUUAAUUACCUUGACUCACCGGUUCCCCGCACAUUGACUGUUGCACAUAUAUAUAGCCUCGCUAUUGUUAUUUUACUGCUGCUCUUUUAAUUAUUUGUUACUUUAAUUUCUUAUUUUUAAUUAACACGUAUUUUCUUAACUAAAUUGUUGGUUAAGGGCCUGUAAGUCAGCAUUUCACUGUAAGGUCUACACAUGUAGUAUUUGGCGCAUCUGACAAAUACAAAUGGA